CUUAUUUUUAAAUCUUUGUAUCAAAUGAAAAUAUGAAAUCAAUUGUUUGAUAAAUACAAUCAUUUGCUACCUCAGUCUUUUGAAUGUGCUUGUUUUCAUAAUUUUCCUUUCACAAAGAGUAUAUGUUAUUGGAGAAGAAAGGGAGGGAGAUAUACGUAUGUAUUAUUACAACACAACACGGCACAAAGCAUGUGGGUUUGAAGUCAUUUGGAACUGGCUUCCCCACUCUUAGAUAGGAUACCCCGAAGCUGUUUUAGGUGUUGGUGACGUUUGUGUCCUGCUCCUGCUUAUGUAAGUGUUUGCACACAUUUGUGCCUGGUUUACUCUAAGGGCAAAGAAGUCUGUUGCUAUGGACCAGAGCAAAAGUAGCCAACAGAAGUAGGAUUAAAGCCACAGGCUAGCUUGGCUCUCCUGCUAAGUAGUUGAGCUCCCUGGCUGUGUUUUUUGAUUCUCUUUAUAGAAAGAUAUGUACAGGCCUGAGGAAUGUCCCAUUGAGCGCUGUCACAUCAUGAUGCCAAGGUCCUUGUUCCACUUUCUACUGCCUUUUUUGGUGCGUGUGUGUGUACCGUUUGUUUGUAUGUACCAGAGCACAGGCAGGCAGAAUAAAGUAGCAUUAUCUCUUAUCAGUGACUUUGGGAAGGGCUUUUAUGGAAGAAGAGAGAAAGAGCUCACUGCUCUCCUUCCCUCAGCAUCACUGCAGAUACCGGGAAGGGAUGUGCGGGAACCCUAGACUUCCCUUGCAGCAGGCGUCUGAGUCCUCCGUUUGUGCCAAGAUCGUGCAGCUCCUGGGGCAGAAUGAGGUGGACUACCGCCAGAAGAAGGUGGUCAUCGUGAGCCAGGACAGCUUCUACCGUGUCCUCACCUCCGAGCAGAAGGCCAAAGCCCUGAAGGGCCAGUUCAACUUCGAUCACCCGGAUGCCUUUGACAAUGAACUCAUCUUCAAAACACUCAAAGAAAUCACCGAAGGGAAAACAGUCCAGAUCCCCGUGUACGACUUUGUCUCCCAUUCCCGGAAGGAGGAGACGGUUACUGUCUACCCUGCAGACGUGGUGCUCUUUGAAGGGAUCCUGGCCUUCUACUCCCAGGAGGUCCGAGACCUGUUCCAGAUGAAGCUUUUCGUCGACACAGAUGCGGACACCCGGCUCUCCCGCAGAGUAUUGAGGGACAUCAGCGAAAGAGGCAGGGACCUCGAGCAGAUUUUAUCUCAGUACAUCACAUUCGUCAAGCCCGCCUUUGAGGAGUUCUGCUUGCCGGUGAGUUGUGUUCUCGGUUUGUUUUUGUGGACUGUAGAGCUUAUAGUUUAAUGAUACAUACGAAGGUACGUAAAGUGAUGGAGUGAUCCUCUGUCCUGAAGUCCCAAGAGAGGGCAGCCUUGGGUCCUAUAUCCUGCCUCGAGGUUCCCUGGGAGCUCUCUCUUGCUGUCCUUUCUUCAGGUAGCCCUGUCGGGCCCUGCCAGUCCUUAGGCUGGCUCUUCGAUUCCCAGCAAGUUCUACACUCCACACUCCCGCUUGGUGGGGUCAUGGCAUGAGACCCUGUACUGAGGGCGUUUCAUGUCUGAGGAUCAGGCUCAGCCAUCUGGGUCUCUCCAAGGUCCGAGAUGCCUGGGGUGUUGGUGCACUGAGGGCUCUGCCCCAAGCUGUGCCCUCUGAACCUCUCCCACCGCUACAGGUGAGCCCUACUUUGAGCGUGUCUUUGGCCCCUGUGUAAGGCCCGACUGGGAAAUGUCGUGCCAAACUGGAAUAAGCUUCCUCGCCUCUACCGCCUGCGGCACACACUUCCCAGUCCUUCCCCACGGUCGAUGGGAACUCCCUAGGGAGGUGGCUUUCAGAGAACGAAGGAGGGAAGAGGGCAAACUAGCAGCUUUUUAGCAAAUCAGCCCCCAGCCCAGGAAAUGCCCUCUAUUUCCUGGGGAAGGACAGGGCAGGGCACCAGAGACAGGGUGUGGUUUGGUGGGGUCCAGUGGAGGAAGAUGUGAGAGAGAACCUAGUUUUGGAAGGAGAAGUAUUUAACUCAGGAGAACCCUACAUCUCAGCUAUGUGUCUUCUCUAGCUUGGUCAAACCAUGAUCUGGCUCCUUAAUUAUUUAUAAUUAAGCUGUGAGAG